GUUUGUCGAUCGUUUUUUUGGCUGUGGUUUCUGGCAGCUGCUCAGGUUCUUCCAGUAUUCUUCACUUUUCCACUACAAAUCGCAUUUACCAAACCUUUUCAACGAAAAACGCUGCAGAYUGUUUUUUGAAGUGCCACUUCGAUGACAACUGCUCUUCGUAUAACUAUGAAUACAGGUCUUACCAACCUGGCGAGCACGUUUGUGAGCUGAGUAGAUGUGGGACAACAGGGACGACAUUGGUCGCUAGGGAACGAUUUUGGUUUCAUAAUUUACGACAAUCUAAGAUUGAAGACGUAUGCAAGACACCUGAAAAGCCACUUGUGUGUAAUAUMGGUCCUCUUGGAAUGGAAAAUGGAGCGAUUCCAAACUCUAGWAUCACAGCCUCGUCAACCUAUGCCUAUGGCUAUGCUCCAGCAAAAGCAAGACUCAAUUUAGUUCAAGAGGGAGCGGCGGCCUGGGCCUCGAAUAGAAAGAAAGUGGGGGAAUGGAUACAAGUUGACUUGGGCAAGCUAACUUAUGUUACAGGCAUCGCUACACAAGGAAGCAAGCACGAAAACGAAUGGGUGACAUCCUACAGUCUCAAGUACAGCGUUGAUGGUACCGCGUUUACAGACUACGAAUCAGGAAAGAACUUGACUGGAAACACCGACAUCAACACUGUGGUAAAAAAUGACCUUCUCCCGAACAUUUACACCAGAUACAUUAGGCUAUAUCCGCAGACUUGGCGCAAACAUCCAUCAUUGAGGAUGGAGCUUUAUGGGGUCAGCUGUAUAUAAGGCCCCGUGUGCACAAUAUUAUGCUAUGGGGGCCGGGAGGGCCGGGAGGCGGCCAUUUUCAGUUUACC